CUUUAGACUGUACUUUCGCUUUGACGAAAAAGUUUAUAACUGCAUGACGGCAUGUUGUGAUCAAAGAUGCCUCAGCAGUGAUCGUUUGGUUUUCAUAAAAUGUUUGGACAAGUGGUUAUAGGACCCCCAGGAUCCGGGAAAACGACUUAUUGCCAUGGGAUGUCCGAGUUUCUAUCUGCGUUUGGCAGAGAAGUUGCUGUGGUCAACCUGGACCCAGCUAACGACCAUCUCCCAUACAAAUGUGAUGUAGAUAUAUCAACUCUGAUAACCCUCUCUGACGUCAUGGAUGCCACAAAACUUGGGCCCAAUGGCGGUCUGAUUUACUGCAUGGAAUAUUUGGAGAAAAACAUUGAUUGGCUUCAGAGUGAAUUAACAAAACAAAAGGGAAAAUACUUGCUGUUCGACUUUCCUGGACAAGUUGAAUUGUACACCCAUUAUAAGUGUGUUCGCAACAUCCUUGCUCAGCUACAGAAGUGGGAUUACCGCCUUGUGUCUGUUCAUUUAGUUGAUUCUCAUUAUUGCAGUGAUGCGUCAAAAUUUAUUUCAGUUCUGUUAACCUCUCUGUCGACUAUGUUACAGUUAGAACUUCCACACGUCAAUGUAUUGUCCAAAUGUGACUUGAUAGAAAAGUUUGGGAAGCUCUCAUUCAACCUCGAUUUUUAUACAGAUGUUUUGGAUCUUGGGUAUCUUUUAGAUGAGCUGGAGGGAGACAAAUCUCUACAAAGGUAUAAGAAGCUUAACUCGGCUCUAGUAGAGCUAGUUCAAGACUACAGCCUAGUAUCAUUUGUUCCACUCAAUGUUGAGGAUAAAGAGUCGAUGCUUCGAGUUAUGAGGCAGGUGGACAAGGCCAAUGGCUAUGUGUUUGGUGAUCUGGAGGAGAGAGACAUUCAGUCCAUGAUGUCCUGUGCUGUGCAGGCCGAGUUUGAAUACGAAAAAAUUAAAGAUGUCCGAGAAAAAUAUAUGGACACUGAAACAGGGGACAUUGAUAUGGACAACUGAUGAACAAAACAGUGUAAAAGUUAAAGUAAUGAAAACUUGGGCGUUCUUAUGUUAUGAUGUGUUUGAUUUGUACAAAGAUACGAACAAUAAUUUCUGUUAAAAUAUGAUUCAAUCAUUCAUUUGAUUUAACCGUUGUAACAUGUUGGGCAUGUAUUAUACAUGUACAGAGAUAUGUAUACAUGUAUAUAUAAUUUUUUUGAGGGGGGGGGGGUAAAAAAAUGACUCAAUAUUUUUGGUAGAUAACAUAGUCGAGUACAUUUUAUUAUAGAA